GCCGCGGGGGACGUCAGCGCUGCCAGCGUGGAAACCACGGCGGGCCGCGGGAGGCGGAAGUAGCGCCGGGGCCGCGGAGCCUCCAUCGGGCUCCGCCGGCCGCCUCAGCCAUGGACGCGUCCCUGGAGAAGAUAGCAGACCCUACAUUAGCUGAGAUGGGAAAAAACUUGAAAGAGGCCGUGAAGAUGCUAGAGGACAGUCAGAGAAGAACAGAGGAGGAAAAUGGAAAGAAGAUAUCAGGAGAUAUUCCAGGGCCACUCCAAGGCAGCGGACAAGACAUGGUGAGCAUCCUCCAGGUAGUCCAGAAUCUGAUGCAUGGAGAUGAAGAUGAGGAGCCCCAGAGCGCCCGAAUCCAGAAUAUUGGAGAACAAGGUCAUAUAGCUUUGCUGGGGCAUAGUCUGGGAGCUUAUAUUUCGACUCUGGACAAAGAGAAGCUUAGAAAACUUAUGACCAGGAUACUUUCAGACACUACGUUAUGGCUAUGCAGAAUUUUCAGCAUUGUACUUGGAGCUCCAGACAACUCAAAGUAUUUGUUGCUUUUAGUAUCCUUUUUUGUGUGUUUUAUCCUAGGAACUGCGGCAGUAGGGCACACAGAUAAGAUUGGACGUUUGAAAGAACUCUGUGAGCAGUAUGGCAUAUGGCUUCACGUGGAGGGUGUGAAUCUGGCAACCUUGGCUCUAGGUUAUGUCUCCUCAUCAGUUCUGGCUGCAACCAAAUGUGACAGCAUGACACUGACUCUGGGUCCAUGGCUGGGUUUGCCGGCUGUCCCUGCAGUCACCCUUUAUAAACACGACGAUCCUGCCUUGACUUUAGUUGCCGGUCUUACAUCAAACAAGCCAGCAGACAAACUCCGUGCCCUGCCACUGUGGUUGUCUUUACAGUACUUGGGCCUCGAUGGGAUUGUGGAGAGGAUUAAGCAUGCCUGCCAACUGAGUCAACGGUUACAAGAAAGUCUGAAGAAAGUGAACCACAUCAAAAUCUUGGUACGGGGUGUGUGUGGAGCUGUGUUUCUAGAAGGUGAAUCCCCUUUCUGUGUUCUGGUGUCAGAUCCAGUGCUUAAAGCCGUCCCUGUGCCCAACAUGGCACCUUCGGCAGUCGGCCGGGAAAGACACUCGUGUGAUGCCCUGAAUCGCUGGCUGGGAGAGCAGCUCAAACAGCUGGUGCCCGAGAGUGGCCUCACGGUCAUGGAUCUGGAAGUGGAGGGCGUGUGCAUCCGGUUCAGCCCUUUGAUGACAGCAGCAGUUUUAGGCACUCGGGGAGAGGAUGUGGAUCAAGUCGUGGCCUGCAUCCAGAGCAAGCUGCCCGUCCUCACCUGCACACUGCAGCUACGGGAGGAGUUCAAGCAGGAGGUGACAGCAGCGGCAGGUCUCCUGCACGUCGAUGACCCGAACUGGCCUGGAAUAGGGGUUGUCAGGUAUGAACAUGCUAAUGAUGAUAAGAGCAGUUUGAAAUUAGAUCCAGAAGGGGAAAAAAUUCAUGCUGGACUCCUGAAAAAGUUAAAUGAACUGGAAUCUGAUCUUACAUUUAAAAUGGGCCCGGAGUAUAAAAGCAUGAAGAGCUGUAUUUACGUUGGCAUGGCGAGCGACGACGUGGAUAUUUCUGAACUAGUGGGGACCAUUGCAGUCACAGCCCGAGAAAUUGAGGAGAACUCACGGCUUCUGGAAAACAUGACAGAGGUGGUUCGGAAAGGGAUCCAGGAAGCUCAGGUUCAGCUGCAGAAGGCAAAUGAGGAGCGACUUCUGGAAGAGGGGGUGUUGCGGCAGAUCCCCGUCGUGGGGUCCGUCCUGAACUGGUUUUCUCCAGUACAGGCUUCACAGAAGGGGAGAACCUUUAACUUAACAGCAGGCUCCCUGGAGUCCACGGAGCACACCUACGUCUACAAGGUACAAGGCACGGGAGUCACACCGCCGCAGACCCCCUCGGGCACCCGCACGAAGCAGAGACUUCCAGGUCAGAAGCCUUUUAAGAGGUCCCUAAGAGGUUCUGAUGCUCUGAGCGAGACAAGCUCGGUCAGCCACAUUGAAGACUUAGAAAAGAUGGAGCAUCUGACCGGUGGGCCAGAGCAAGAUGCCCUGGAGACCAGCAGCCCCGAGCCCCACCCUGGGGCUCCCACCCCGCAGGACACCGAGCAGACGGGGGCCCUCCAGAACGGGGCCCAGCACCCAGAAGAUGACCGUCCACAGGUAGAAGAACUGGAGAGCUUAAGAUAAAAUUCACUGUUUUGCUUUGAGACUGUACUGAGUAUUGUUUCAGGGAGGAUGAAGUUAUACUGAAAAUGUGAACCGUGCCACGUGCUAAUGCAAGAGAAAUUACUGUUAUUUGUGCUUAACUGGGAUUUUUUGCACAAAUACGUGCCUGAAAGCCAGGCUUUUUAGAAGGGCAAUUGACUUGUCUAAUUCCACUAGUAUGCGGAGCAACUACUGUUGUUUCUGUCUACCCAGCUGUCAUUAAUGCCGUUUUUCCCCCGUUACCAUAAACACUUGGAUUCACAAAGAACUCUUAGAAUUUCAAGUGCCUGCCACUUGAAACACUUGCGGUUACCGUUCUGAACGUAAGUGUAAGACGUUGUAUGAGGUUACGUAUAACUUUUUGUUAAGACAGCUUUCUUUAGAACUCUCUGGGUUCUCCGCUGUACUGCUGCUCGGGAGAGACAGCUGGCUUUCCAUGUUGGAAUUGGUGUUCAGUUUGGGCAGGUUGUGUGGAUUUGGCUUGAAGGAGAACGGGAUUCAGUGGGAUUGAAAGAGAGCCCACGCCCGCCAUCCCCCCCUGCUGCUUCCCUGGGGGGCGUGGGGGCGGGGAAGCCCCCCUGCCGCAGAUCCACUUCUCCCUUUAUGUACUAUUUGUAAACAAAUUAAAGGACUAUCUAUGAAGAGUAACUGUAAAACUCUUGACCAUAUACAUGUAUAUUUUUAAAUAUUGGUAAAGCUUUUAAAUUGGCACACAGGUACAGACUGUGCUCAUUUCUAUGUUUAAUAUCCGAAAACCUGAUAGAGAUGCUACUCUUAACCUAAUUAUUAACUAUGCUGUGUAGCACCCAGUUAAGUUUCAAUUCUUAAAUAAGUAUCCCUUUGACCCAUUUGACAUGGGAGCUUCUGUGGCUUCUCCCCACUAGCAACUCACCCCUUUGGGCCCAGCUCAGAAACAAGAACCAGGAAAGUCAUCUUGCUCAGGCUAGUCAAGCCAGACCACUGCAGAAAUAACUGGAAGCCCUUAAAUACUGCCUGUUUCUACUUUUCUAGAAGUACCGCGUCUCCUCAUUUAUCCUAGCUAAUGGCCCCUGUGCCUUUAGUCCAGCCAAGUCAAGCUACGGGACACCUCAAGAUAGUGGGGUUUCACACUGGGUUUGUGAACUGUCAUGUUGGAAGCCUUAGUUACACCAUAUUAAGCCUAUAAUUAGACUCUGAUUGGAUGUGAUCUCCUACAUUUGGCACUUGUCAAAAUGCAAUUUUUUGUGUGUGUGCAGAUGAUUAAAGUCUUCCCUGUUUAUUUGGUGCAAUGAAGUAUAGCAGAUAAAAUGGGGAAAGGGGAAAUUAUCACCUUUAACAAGAUUAAUUUUUAAAUGUUUUUAUAUAUAUUUGGAAUUGUUAAAUUGGUUUUGCUGAAACAGAAUUUCACCCUUAAGACACUAUUUGAAUGUUGGUUUCAAUAAAGGUUCUUGAAAUUGUUA